GUGGGGCAAGCGCCGAGGGCGUUAUUACGCAAGCAAGCCGGCACUUCGGCUACCUAGAAAGUUGUCCUCCGCUGGAAUUUUUGAUGUAAGUCGGUGCUGUUACAGGUGCCUGAAGUUGCUAGAAACAGGGACGAGUCAGUUCGGCGAGGAAACUUUACGAAGGACACCCGGGCAGCCCUAUUCCUCUCCUUUGCCAUGACAAGUGCCACCCUAGAGCGCUUCAGCAUCCUCUCUCUCAGUGCCCAGCAGCUGCGCCGGCUGCCCCAGCUGCUGGAGCGCUGCCUGCCAGCCAUGCCUAGUACAGUGAAGGACCUUGAUGUGCCCAGGCUGUUCCGCGAGCCAUACAUCCUCUCAGGAUACCGUCCAGUGGGGCAGGAGUGGCGCUUCUACUUCCUCAGCCUAUUCCAGCAGCACAACGAAGCCCUCAAUGUCUGGACUCACUUGCUGGCAGCUCUGGCUGUGCUCCUGCGCUUCUGGGCCUUCUCUGAGACCAAUGGCCUGUUACUGGAUGUCUCCUCCCUCCCUCUCUACCUCUACAUUCUCUCAGUGCUCACCUACUUGGUUUGCAGUGUUUUAGCUCAUCUGCUGCAGUCCCACUCUGAGCUUGCACACUAUUCUCUUUACUUCAUGGACUAUGUGGGUGUCAGUGUCUACCAAUAUGGUAGUGCCCUGGUACACUACUUUUACAGCUCUGAGCUGGCCUGGCAGGAAACCUUUGCUCCCCUCUUUCUUCCAGGGGCUGCUCUUCUGGGCUGGUUGUCCUGUGCCGGCUGCUGUUAUGCCAAGUACCGCUACCAGCGCCCUUAUCCAGUUAAGCGGAAGAUCUGUCAGCUGAUCCCCACAGGCUUGGCAUACCUGCUUGACAUCAGCCCCAUUGCUCACCGGCUCCAAACCUGCUCCUGGAGUGAACCAGCUGUGUGCCUCCAUGCCUUGCAGAUGGUCUUCUUCCUCCUAGCUGCUUUCUUCUUUUCUUGCCCUGUGCCUGAACGUUUCUUCCCAGGUCGCUGUGACAUUGUGGGCCAUGCACACCAGAUCUUUCACCUGUUCCUCUCACUCUGCACCCUCUCCCAACUGGAGGCCAUCUUCACUGACUUUCUGGGACGACGAGAUAAUCUUCUGCUGAGGUACGAUCGUGGAGAGAUCCUGGUCGCCUCUGCCUCCUUCCCCUUUCUCAUGUGCUGCAGUCUGCUAACUGCAGCGUACUUACGGCGAAAUGUUGAGCUCCGGCUGAGGAAAAAGGAGAACUGAGACCAAUUCAACUCACUCUGGCGAUUUAAUAUAAGAAAAUCAAGGAGCAAUAGGCUUUUGGAAUACGCACUUCAUUUUAAUUGUAACAACUCCAUUGACCAGUUUUCAUAGCCCAUUUUUUAAAUUAGAAUUUAAAUUUGUGUAUUACCUUCCAGGAUUAGCUGGUGAUGACGUACAAGAAUCUGGGGUCAGGUUUAACUAUUCCAUUCCCAAAAGAGAAAUGCCUGGAUCACUUCAAAUGUGUGUUGUUUUUAAAUAUCAUAUUUUUCCAUUGAACUAACUGCAUACUUUAAUGAUGUUAAAUAUCUAAAAGCAUAACAUAAACUACUUUUUAAGCUUCAGAUGGUGAGUGGUGAGUACUAAACAUUGCACAGGUUUCUAAGUACUGUUAAUGUGAGCUGGGAGAGCUACAGUAUUUGCGUGGAUUUUAGAAGAUGAUCUUCUUUUUUUCAUACAGUUCUAGGCCUUAUGAAUAAAAUUUUUGUAUUAUUUUACUGUGGGAAACAGACUGGUAAGAGUGUUAUUUUCAAUGUAUCUUUUCAUUGAUAAUACCAAUGUGUUAGUGCAGUGUUUGUCAGGAUGAAAAAGUGAUUUUCAUAAUUCUGCAAUACAGUUCUAUUACAGUAUUACAGUUCUGUAUUUACUGCAAUACAGUAAAUGUUGCUUAUAGGCUCCCAACAUCAGUUUUCCAAAAACUGGUGGCUUCUGUAUGGCUUUUGACAAAACUAAAAUUAAACUAUUACAGAGUAUAACAUAGGGUACAUGGAGAGAAAGUUAUAUUGAGAUACUGAAGACUAUGAAUAAAGUGUGAUUAUAGUAUGGUUCCUAUCCCUUCUACCCCUAAAGAGAGAAGAAGGUAUUUGUAUGUCAAGUAGAUAAGAAAGAAAGAGCAGAGUAGUAGCACGGGACAGAAGUUUGUUGUAUUAUUCAAGAAAGUUAGGGGAUGUGUACUCUUAUCUUAUCAAGUGUCAAUUUUAUGUUUCUUUUCUGUGAACUUUUUUUUUUCCCAAACACAACGAAAUGCAGGUGAAAAAAAAAAUCUAUUUAUGCCACUAUUUUCAAGAUGUUCGGUCUCUUGUUUUAAAGUGGACACCAUUGAACACGUUGUACCACACUGAACAACUGACUCAGCAGUAAUGGAAGCCAAUAUCUGCUGGAGGCCUCUAUCUGUACUAUGGUGUGGAAAACAUUUUUUGGAAAGUGGGAAUGUGAUUUACUACUUGAAAAGACUAUAAAUAACUCAUAACAAGGUUGCUCAAUUCAGUUUUCAAGGAUCAAAAGUUUUUUGCAUGUGACUUUCAUCUCAUUUGAGCUGUUAUUUUACCAAAUUAUUCACUUACCACACCCAUUUAACCCUUUCCUCAUGUCAAAAACAGAUACUGAUUUAAAAAGAUUGAUUAAAAGUUCUUUACUGUGGCCCUUGAGCACAAGGUGUGAAGAAUACCAGCAGGCUGCAGACAUGAGAACAACAAAAAAAUCCCAUCAGUUUCAUUCCUGUUCUCAAUAGGGACCCAGGGAUCUAUGUGUUUUGAAUCUAUGUGUAUCUAGUGGCAAUCUCAAGUCCUCGUAAAUUACAGCCUCGUGACAAUUGUUUCUGCUCGGUGAAAAAAAGGGUUUGACUCUCACAACACAAAAUGUCUGACUUUUGCACAGCAGUGUACAACUUUUACACCACUAUUUGUAUCUAAACAAUAUAAAUUUAAUCUGAUCUAAGGAAAAUAAUAUAGUGUUCUUAGUUCUAAUGUGUUGCCAUUAGAGUAAUACAUUUCACAAGGUAUAAAUCCAUCAUGUAUUGUUCAGACAUGAGUGUAACAGAUCAUUUACAUUUUAAUUCCAGGAAAUGUGUGCUGUAUUUGUUCACUUUAAACUGGUCACUUUCAAAUAUUAUUUGAAAUGAAAUCACUAAUAUUAUUAAGCCUAGUUUUUCAGUG